UUAAGAGCCAGCCGAAGAGAAAGAAGAGAGAAGGCAAAGGCGAGCAGGAGGAGGCAGGCAAAAUUAGCCAACGCGCGUCCACGGCAUCCUUGCCAGACCAAUUGUCCAUGAAAACCCUACAGCGCCAGGAGCAGCCGGCGAAGGCCGGGAUGUCUCCGGAUCUCAAGAAGACGGCCUCCUCGCCGCCGCCGCCGCCGCCGGGGCUCGAGCUCUUCACGGCGGGCGAACUCGACGUGGCCGAGCAGCUCGUCCUCCUCAGCGGGAGCAGCACGUCCACGGGGGGCACCCCGAAGGCCGGGCGGGGCGCAUCCGUGGCCCAUGCCGCCGCGUCGGGAUCCUCCUCCCCGCGCUCCGUGAACGCCCAGCCGGCCCCGGCGCCCGUGCCGGCCUUCCCCCGCGGCGAUGGCGUGGAGGACGAGGACGAGCAGGAGGUUCCCGGGAUGCAGCGCAGGACGAAGCGCUGCCGCCCGAUCGCCGAGAUCUACCGCGCGACCCAGCGAAUCGGGAGGUGCAGCCUGAAGAAGAACGAGGAGUAGACGAGGCAGAGCGGGGAGGAGAGAGGAGAGGGGCUUGCUUGUAAUUACCCGUAACUCCUGGGGGGUAGCUUACAGUUUUCGCGGUCUGUGCUUCUUCUUGCAGUCCUCUCCCACAGGAAGAGUCAUACUCUGGAGCUCGAUCAAGUGUAAAAACUUUCCCUUUGCAAUAAACAUCGGACAUGCUU